UCACUGACAGCCCAAAUGUUGUCCUGUUCUAGCCUAGACACAUGUUCACCAUUUAUUAGACGUACACGUGUAGUUGCAUGUUGGGUACCGUCUUGCUGUUCACUGAGAGGGAGGGGUUCACCCACUAAUACGUCACUGAUUUAUAAUAGGCUAUCUGUCAAUUUUCCUCACAAUUACAGUCAGACGUACUCCGGAGACGCCGUUGAGCAGUUGGAAGGGCAGGUUGUGACGAUGCGUGUGUUGGUGACGGGUGGUAGCGGGCUGGUCGGCCGAGCGAUCGAGCGGGUGCUAAAGGAGGAGGGUGAAGCAAGAGAAGGAGAGGAGUGGAUAUUCCUGUCAUCCAAAGAUGCCAAUCUCAUGAACGCUGAAGAAACAAGAGCAGUCUUUCAGAAACAUCGUCCAACGCACGUCAUUCAUUUGGCUGCUAUGGUGGGCGGGCUCUUCAAAAACAUGAGACAUAACCUGGACUUCUGGAGAAAUAACAUUUACAUAAAUGACAACGUGCUGCAGGCGUCUCAUGAGGUCGGGGUGGUGAGAGUGGUGUCCUGUCUGUCCACAUGUAUCUUCCCUGAUAAAACAACUUAUCCCAUCGACGAGACUAUGAUCCACAACGGUCCUCCUCAUGAAUCUAAUUUUGGUUAUGCUUACGCCAAACGCAUGAUUGAUGUCUACAACAAGGCGUAUUUUGAGCAGAAUGAGCGACGGUACACCUCUGUGAUUCCCACCAACGUGUUCGGACCUCACGACAACUUCAACAUUGAUGACGGUCACGUGCUUCCCGGACUGAUUCACAAGACAUACCUGGCAAAGAAGGAAGGGAAAGCGCUGGAGGUUUGGGGCUCCGGUCGUCCCCUGCGCCAGUUCAUCUACUCACUGGAUCUGGCUCGUCUGUUUCUCUGGGUUCUGAGGGAAUAUGAUGAGGUGGAACCAAUCAUACUGUCAGUGGGGGAAGAGGACGAGGUGUCCAUCAAAGAUGCUGCAGAGGCUGUGGUCGAAGCGUUUGGCUUCCAGAAUGAUGUCAUUUAUGACACCAGCAAAGCAGACGGUCAGUUCAAGAAAACCGCCAGCAACGCCAAGCUACGCAAAUACCUGCCAGACUUCAAGUUCACACCGUUUAAAACAGCCAUCAAGGAGACGUGUGAUUGGUUUGUGGCCAAUUAUGACAUCGCCAGGAAAUGACGAAAUCAUUGGAUGUCUUGAAACUGUUCAACUUGUGCACUUUUACAAAGAUGAAUCUUAUAAACUCUUCUCGUGAUUAUUUCAACACUGUUAUCUAUACAGUUUAUUUGUGAUUCUAAAUGUUUUCAUCUCUUUUUACUGUUCAGGGUUUUCUUACUUUCUAGAGAUCUGUUUAUUUAAAUAAUAAUACAAUCAUAUAUAACAGGGAUGUUUGAAAAGAAACAGUAUUUUAGUCAGAAAUGAAUAUCAUUUGUCUUUCUUCUUCAGAACAAAAGAGCAGAUAUUUUUUAAAGAAUGUUAAUAACCAAACAACACUGAACCCCAUUGACUUCCAUUUUAUUUUUCCAUUUAAUUUAAUUUUAUUAUAAUAUUUAUAUAUUAUAAUAUUCAACACAAAACUACAGAAUUUUUCCAAAUAUCUUCUUUAGUGUUUCUCUGAAGAACGAGUCACACACCUGUUUACUGUGGCGAUGCUGAUAGUAAUCCUUUUUUUAAAUGACAUUUUAAACCCAAACUUUUAAUAAAUUGUUAAACUGUAAA